ACAAACAGCUGAAUUACUGCACUAAAAUAGGACAAACAAGAAAUUAAGCAAAGUUAUUUAAGAAAUAAUAGCAAAAAGGCAAAUGAAAAAUAAAAACAACUAAAGUGAGACAACAGAUAAGAAAUAUGAAAAGUUAAUAUGUGCAUGAUCAAAUAAGCAGCUGAAUUAGUGUAUUGAAAAGUGAUGCCUAAAGCAAAGUCGAGAAAAGAAGAAUAAAAUAAAGCACGCUGAAAAAGAAAUUUUCUAAAAAACAAAUCAGUUGAAACAACGAGGAUAACAUAAGAAAUAAAAACACAAAGAAAUAAACAUACAGCUGAAUUACUGCACUAAAGUGAAAUAAAUGAAUACAGCAGAGGAAAAAAAAAUAAAGCUGAAUAACUAAUAAUGAAACAAACAUAUAAAGGAAUAGAAAAAGCCAUAUCGCACAGCUGAAUUAAUACUUAUGUAUCCAAAUGAAAUAAAAAAGAGAAAAUGAAAUAAAGUGAACUGAACUACUUAAAUAAAAUUAAAACACGGUAAAAAAAAUAAACAAGCUGGCCGGUUAAAAAUUUUAAAAAUUUUUUGUUACUUAAGAAUACAUAAUUAAAAAUAUACAUAUAUAUUAAUAAAAAUGCCACCCAAAGUUGCUAUAUCAAAUGCCAAUUGUACAAAGUGUAAAAAUCCUCUUAAGCGAACUGAUGAGGUUAUUAAAUGUAGUUUUUGUAAAAAAAGUCUACAUAUGAAUUGUGCAAUUGAAAAUUCACCUGGUUUAAAUCCUGAUGCAGCCAAAUAUUCUGAAUCUACAUCGACCUCAAUAUCAUCGAAUAUUUCCAAACCUAUUGCAACAAAAUGUGUUUUUUGCGCACAAACACUGGGCAUCAAUGAUCGUCCCAAAUUGCUAGAAUGUUUGCACGUCACCUGUUCACAAUGUAUGAGUACGAAAUUCGCCGAAUUAGAUCGUACUAUGCCCCCGUUAAUACACUGUCCCAUUUGUAAUAUGGCCUCACAGAAUGAAUUCAUUAUUGAUAAUCAAUUUUUAAUUGAACAUUGCACCGGUGCUGGUGAUAUGUCAGCGGAUGCCAAUGAUUCCAUCGGUUCAAAGACCUCAAACAAUAUACCGUGCAGUAGUUGCUCGGACAAUAACAUAGCCACGUCGUGGUGUGUCGAUUGUUCCGAAUAUAUAUGUGAUAGUUGUGUGCAGGCUCAUCAACGUUUAAAAAUAACUAAAGAUCAUACGAUCAAACCCAAAGAGGAGGCUAACAACGAACAAUUGCCCAGUUCGGCUGUUGAUAAAUUACACAUGUGCGUAUUGCAUCCUCAGGAGAAGCUAUCGCUGUAUUGUGAAACCUGCGAAAAACUAACAUGUCGAGAUUGUCAGCUAAGCGAUCAUCGUGAUCAUAAAUAUAAGUUUGCUCAUGAAAUUGCCACCGAAACAAGACAUGCCAUUACCUCAAUGGUAGCGGAAAUCAACUAUAAACGUUUCUUACUCACCUCGGCUAUGCAAGUCAUUGCCGAACGACAAAAAGUGAUUUCGGAUAAGAAGAAAGAAUUGAUCAAAGAAAUAACAGCCAUGGUUGUGACAAUUACCAAUACGGUUAAUAUGCGUGGCAAACAGUUGGUAAUGCGUUUAAAUGAAGUUUGUGAUGGUAAAUUAAAACUGUUGGUCGAUAAGCGUGAUUCUCUCAUUUCACUCUCUGAUAAUACCGAUUAUUGUAUUGAUUUCAUUGCAAAUGUUUUGGACAAGGGUAGUGAUUAUGCUAUACUGUCGAGUAAAAAGUCAUUGGUUAGACAUUUGCAGAAGCUGAAGUGUCAACGAGCUGAUAUACCUAAUCCCGAUAUACCGUUACGCAUCGAUUUACAAAUGUGUCAAAUUCAACAAUUACAAAAAGAAAUUUCACGCCUUGGUAAUAUACUUGUCGAUGGCAAACCCUAUCCACCGCAACCAUCACCACCACCCCAACAGCAACAACGUCAACAGCCAAGUCCCAAUAUGGCACCACCUUUACGACCUGGCAUGCCGCCGGGAAUGCAGGCUGGGAUGUCGCCGGGUGUACCGCCACCCCCGGGUGGAUUUGGUCCACAAAAUGGUCCUGGCCUAUACAACAGCAAUUCACCGCAACAACAUGUACACAACAUGCAAAUGAAUCGUAGUUUUGCUGGCGAGGGGCCAGGUAAGGUACGUUAUGGUGGUCUACCGCCCUCAUUAGCAAUGCAACGUCAAGGGCAGCCUCAUGUUAGUUCCUCAACACAUCCACAAAAUAUGGACAUAAGCCUACGUGGUUUAUUAAAUAAUCAAGCUGCUCAAAGUCCAAAUCAACCGCCUCAUAUGCCACCCUUCAAUGGACCGCCCAGUUAUCCGGGUGGACCACAGGGAGCACCAUCACCACAACAAAUGGGUCCUCAAAUGCGUCAGCAUUUUAUGGGCGGUCCACCGGGUCAGCAGCAUCAGAAUUACGCACCCACGCCGCCUGGUGGACCAAAUAAUCCAAAUUUUAUGAAUAACAGCGCAGCAGCAGCAGCCGCCGCACGUUUCCAAUCAUACCAACGUAUGUCAAGUCAUGCCCAACAACAAGCAGCCGUAGCUGCCAUGGCCUCCUCCGGCCAGGGACAAAUACCAUCACCAAAUGCCAUGCAAAGACCACAAAUGCACCAUAAUCCCAUGCAAAAUAACAUGGGGUUUCACGGAAACCAGCCUGGUUUUAAUGCCGGCCAUCCGCAAACCUCACCGCAAUUAGGUGGUGGCGGCGCUGGAGGCGGAGCCGGCGGUGGCAGUGGUAUACACAUGGCUAAAUGGCAUAUACCUCAAUCUGCUCAAAGUAAUUGUUGCUCUCAACAAGGGCCAAAUUUGAUGAGGUUUGCCAAUGGUCAUCAAACAGAAAAUUUUAAAAUCUCAUUGAAAUCACCAAAUACUCUUAAGAAUACUACACCUCCCACAACAGGCAGUUCAGCUGGUCAUGGUAUGCCUGGUGGCGGUGGUGGUGGUGGCAGUGUCUCCGCACAUGGCAGUAAUUCUAUAUUAAAUGCCGCCUCAUUGGGCUUAAGUCCAGCUGUUUCUAUCCUGCCAAAUGUAACAUCAACAAAUCCUAAAACACCGAGUCCUAGUACACAUGAGACCUCUAAAGAUUUCACAGAACCUAUUGAUAAAGUACGUGAUGAUUCCAUUAAUGAUUUAAUGGCCACUAUAGCUAAAUUAGAUUCCAAUGGUGUGCAGGUACUGCCAGAGGGACGUACAAAAACAACAUCUCCACAGGUUCACAGUUCCACAGAUUUAUCCAAUACACAGGAAGUUCAUAAUACAAAAACUACUGAAAAAGAUGAUCCAAAUGAAGAUUGGUGUGCCGUUUGCUUGGAUGGUGGCGAACUAAUGUGUUGCGAUAAAUGUCCCAAAGUAUUCCAUCAAAAUUGUCAUAUUCCUGCUAUAUCCUCCCUACCCGACGAAAGUGAAAGUUGGCAAUGUUUGCUGUGUGUGAAUCUCAAGGAAUUGGCCAGCAAUCCUGAUAAUCUACAAAAGAAUCCGGGUGAAUUAAGCCGCUUGGAAUUGCAAAUACUACAGCGCAUCUGUUUGGAAUUGUUCUGUCAAUAUGAGCAGAGUUUACAUUUCCGUGAACCGGAACCACCUUCAAAUACCGCUUACUAUGAAAUUGUUUGCAACCCCAUGUCUUUAGAUGUUAUACGCACACGUCUGGAUCCUUCUAGCCAGAAUCAUUACAAGGAUAUUUCUUCAUUUAUAGCUGAUGUUCGCUUGAUUUUUAAGAAUACUUAUCUAUUCUAUCAAGUGAGUAAUAUGGAGGAUUCCAAAACCUAUACAAAUGCCAAAUAUUUGGAAAAUUUCUUUGAAGAACAAUUGGCUAAAUGGUUACCAAGCUAUGCUAAUAAAUCAAUCAAUGCCAAUAAUGCCAACAGUAUAUUGAACAGUGGACCAGGCAGUGCACUCUCAAAUGGUAAUAACAAUGGCAAUAAUAGUAAUUCAGCAUCAACAUCGGCCUCACCAGCACCCGGUGCACCAUCACCCUCUUUAGAGAAUGGCGGUCGUAAAAGCAGCAACUCAGCCAUGUUAAAUAUGAAUACGAAUAGUAAUGGCAGUAGUGCAUCAACACAUCGUUCCGAUGACAAUAAUAUCGAUGAUGGGUGCAAUCCGGCUAAGAGACAACGUAAACAAACGGAAUAGGGUAAGAUUAUUGAUGAAGAAAAUCUCAAUAUAUUUAUGGAAAUAUUACAGAAAAUAUAGCAUUAUGCCAAUGUGCAGCAAAUGCAACAAGAUAAUACAUGAUACAAACAUAAUUAAAACAUUAUAUUUGAUAUAUUAAAAACACAACAACAACAGCAGUAAAUAUAAUAAUAAUACAAAAAAUAUUGAAAUGUCUGUUAAGGUAAAAUGAAAUGAAAAGAAGAAUUAAGAAUUAACAAGCCAAAUACGUUUCUUUAAACGUAAUACUACUAUUAUGGACAUUUAAACUUUCAUAUCAAUUUCUGAUUAAGAAAAUUUUUGAAUUAAAAUCAAAGAAAUUUAAAAAACAUAAAUUAAAACAAACAUAACAUAUAACAUAAAUUAAAACAAAAAAACAAACAGGAAAGACAAAGUUUAACUUUAAUUUUAGAAGAAAGAAAAAAACAACAACAACAUCCAAAAUAUAUUAAACAUUUUUUAAGUCUUAUUAAAAAACCUAAAAUAAAGACUAAUGAAAUUAUUGUAAAUUAAACUAAAAACAAAGAAACAAAUAAAAAACACAUUUAAAAUACAACUAAUGAAUUAUAUUAUGAAAUAAACAGUAAAAUUUAAAUAAAAAAUAAAACAAAUUUAAUUUUUUUAAUAUUAAUUGUAUAUAAACUAAAUUUAACUAAAAGAAAAACACAUGAUUACAAGUUUUAUAAAACACCGAAAUGAAAUCCAAUCAACUGGUAAUGAAAUCAUUAAUUUAUAUCUAAAACAACACAAACAACCAUUCAUAAUAAACAUACAUACUUGUAUUUAUAUAGAAAUUAAAUAAAUAAUCCCUCUCCUAUUGUUUAAAAUUUUAUUUCUUAAUAUUCAAAACAAAUGUCAUUUUUGUUUUGUUUUCUUUAAUAAAAAUUGCUACAAAAACCACAAAAAUUUUCCUACUGUUUUCAAUUAACUUUUCUAUUUUGUACAACAGUUUUUCUUCUUGUUAUUGUGAUAGUUUUGCAAAGUAAUUACAAAACAUUUUUUAUAGAAAUACAUACUUACUCUCUCUCUCUCUCUGUUUCUAUAUAUAUGAAAUAUAUAUUGAAUUUUUCCAUUACUAUUUUUCAUUCUUCAUUAAACAUCUUAAACAAAAACUGAAAUUAUUAUUUAAAAUAUGAAAUCUUUAAUAAAAAAAAAACACUGAUUUAAAUAUGUAUACGUUUUAUAACUUAGAGAAGACAUUAUUUUUUAAGCUUUAUUUGCUAUUUUUUUAAAAUAAUAAUAAUAUUUUAUUAUUAUUAUAUUGUUUCUAUUUUAUUUAUAAUAUUAUGUAAUUAAUUUAAUGAAAUAUUUAUUAAUAUAACAACAAAACAUACAAUUCAUGACAAUUUUCUAAAAAAAAACUUAUGUGUACUUCAAUAACUUUUAAAGAAUACUUAUCAAAUAUUGUACAAAUUCAUUAAACUUUUAACAAUUGGCAUAUUGCUGGAUAUUAAUAAAUUUAACCACUUUUUCCGCUUCACUUGUAUGUAGAAGAGGUUCACUGACGCUUAAAGUCCGACAUCUCCUGGCACACCUUUUCAGUGUUCUUUAAUACUUUUCUUACAAGAGUCCAAUACCUUUCCACAGGCCAAAGUUGUGGACAGUUUUGUGGAUUUUCCUCUUUAUUGUUUGAAUACUAUUUGAUAGUUUUUUUCCCUAGUGGCAUGAUGUCAAAUCAUUUUACAAAUAUGAAGACACUCUGAGCUGUUUAAAGAUAUGUAAAUAAACGAUUAUUGUGUUUUUCAGCUAUAAAUUUAAUAGCAGUCAACUUUGUUAGUAUUGCCAACUUUUCAUAUACGAACAUAAACAGUAAACAGCUGUUUUUGCAAAUAAUACUUUUGUGAAAUAAAAAAAA